AUAAACACCAGGAGAAACCCCGUCGAUUCCAUACGCUCAAUCUUCCUCAACCCGUGGACUUGGCAGGGUGGCUUUGACCGUCCCAAUUGGACGAGUCAGAAGGGACGCCGGCGGACUACCGAAGACGGUGUCCUCCGGCCUGCUGGGCCAGAAAGACGAGAAUCAUAGUACAGAGACAUUGGAUUUACCGUAGAUUAGCCUGCUGCAACUUCGUGUCGCUGAUAUGAGAUAUCCCUGGCAGAGAGCGGGUUUCGCCGAUCACCAUCAGGGGUGCCAAGGGAGUUGUAUCCGAUAUUUAAUCCACGCCUACCCGCGAGGAAGUCAUGCGGAAAUCUUUAAAAAGUCUUUUUGAGUAAGGAUCCAACGGAGGACAAUAUCAUGGUAUCCUCCAGGCUUAUUCUCGCCCCGCUGGCGUUUCUCCAGGGCGUUCAUGCCUGGGGAACCCUAGGUCAUGCAACCGUCGCCUAUAUUGCGCAGAACUACGUCUCCGAUGCCACCGCAUCAUGGGCCCAAGACAUCCUUGGUAACACCUCGGACGACUAUCUCGCCAGCAUUGCCUCAUGGGCCGAUCAAUACAGAGCCACAACGGCCGGGAAGUUCUCCGCCCCCUUCCAUUUCAUCGAUGCAGAGGACAACCCCCCAAGCUCAUGCAAUGUUGAUUUCGACCGCGACUGCGGAAGCGAAGGCUGCAGCAUUUCAGCCAUUGCGAACUACACGCAGCGUGUGACGGACGGCCGUCUGACGGCGGAGAACAAGGCCAUCGCGCUGAAAUUCAUCGUGCAUCUGCUGGGGGACAUCACGCAGCCGCUGCAUGAUGAGGCAUAUAAAGUAGGCGGCAAUGAGAUAAAAGUGAAAUUCAACGGGUACAGCGACAAUCUUCAUAGCGACUGGGACACGUAUAUCCCCGAGAAGAAGGUGGGCGGCAGCUCACUUUCAGAUGCUAAAAGCUGGGCCGACUCUCUGAUCGACGAGAUCAACUCUGGCAGUUACAAGUCACAGGCGUCGAGCUGGAUCGAUGGCGACAACAUCGAUGAUAUCCAGACAUCUGCUGUAAAAUGGGCUUCGGAUGCCAAUGCCUAUGUUUGCUCCGUCGUUAUGCCAGACGGUGAGGCUGCUCUUCAAAAGGGUGACCUGUAUCCUGACUACUACAACUCUGUCAUCGACACCGUGGAGCUGCAGAUCGCCAAGGGCGGUUACCGUCUUGCGAACUGGCUUAACAUGAUUGUGCAGUCAGACUCGAAGAGGAAGCGUGAUGAGGCUGCUGGUCUUGUCUCUAGGAAGCCGUUGCCCGAUCUCUCUGGCCGGGACCUGCUGCCGGCUCCUAGGCAACUGAGUCGGGCGAAGUUGGUUCGUCGCGAACUUGGUUACAACUGUAACGACCAUAGCCACUAGAAGACUGGGAUAAUUGUGUUGGAAUGGUGAUGAUGAUGACGAUGAAUAUCAAGUGAACUCAUGAUGAGAAUGAUGAGGAAUAGUUGUUGUUGUAAAUAUAUGCAGAUCAGCAGAAAUUCGCGAAUAUAUGCGUCAAUUCCAG